AAAGCAGACAGCGCUGUGAAGACUUGGGACAACCCAUGGCGGUGCGGAAAGAGGGGAAAGCGAACCAAGAGACGAGGGGCCAGAAACAGACUGAUCCUUUCUUGAAGCUGAUAUUGCGAUGUUGACGUGAGGUGCAGCUAAUACGUGUCAGUGUGACAAUGACAGCAACCACCAUUUUCACUAAACCCCUCGAUGCAUUCAGAUUGUAGUGCAGGAAGAUAGCGACCACUGAUACUCACACUAGAAGCCGCUCGUGCUCGAGCGAUCGUCGCGAUGGAGUCGGAGAGGCGGGCGCGGCACGAGAUGGAGAUGAAGGCGCUCACUGAUAGCCUCUCGCGAAUACGCCACCUCCGAAAAAAACGAUCUAGCUUUGAUGCCUCGCCCGCCGCUGCCGCUGUUGCGCACCUUGCGCCUUCCACUCCCUCCUCUGGCCCUGUCAGUUCCGCCACUGCCCCCUCUCCGCUCGCUUCCUCCGCCUCCCUCCGCCCUCUCUUCCGCCUCGCCACGCUCGCUUCCCCCUCUUCCGCGCAGUCCCCCUCACCGUCUCCCGGCGUCCGCCCGGAUUCCCUAGAGCUGCACGCCGCGUACGGCGCGCCGAGCCACUGGGACGUGCGCUCGUGGCUGCCCGAGGGCCUCGCGGCCGCCCAUCAGCCGGCACCCGCCACUGCAUCGCGCGACGAUGCGGCGGAGCAGAGCGCGUCCGCGCGCGACGACGAGGGCACGGAGAGCGAGGUGGCCGGAAGCACGGUGAGCGAGGGGGGAGACGGCGCGGCGAGCGAGGACGUGCUGCGCGCGAACGAGCGGCUGAUGAUGCACGUGGCCGCCUCGCGAUGGGCGUCGCAGGGCUCUCCCGCGCAGGCAAACGCGGACCACAGGGCGCCCUCGCCUCCACGCACGGCGCAUGACGCGGGGGAAGCGGACGAUGAACGGUCCGACGCGGCAGCGCGGUUCAACGUGGCGAGCGGAACAGGCUUGGUUGAGGCGCGCGGAAAGGCGGAGAAAGCUGGGUGCCGAGGAGGGAAGGCGGAAGAGGAGGACAGGGGGGAAGCAACGAGCGGGGCAGGAAACUCUGAUGAAGCAGCGGGGAAUACGGCGGAGGAGAGCUUUGACCGGGUGGUUACCGCUGGCAUGUGGGGGUCAGCGCGAGACAACGAGGCGGAAUCGGACGACGGCAGCUGGCAGCCGCCCGACCCUACCAGCCGCGGACUGUUCGGCGGGUCGAGCGCGUUCUUCAACCCCCUCGCUGAUGACGUGGCGCUCAACCUGCGACUGUCGCUGGACGACGACGAUGAGGAGGAGAACGACGAGGAGGAGGAGGAGGAAAGCUUUUUAGACGGCGGAAGCGCGGAACUGGGGAGCCGUGAGGGCGCAUCGGUUGGUGUGUCGCUGGCAGCCACCGAUUCCGGUUCGGAGGGUUGGGGGAAGGCAGGGGGAGGCGAGGGCAAGGAGCCAAGCAAAGAGGGAGGAAGAGGCGCGGGGAGGAAGGCGGGGAGCGCGCGGAUAGCGGCAGCGCGGCGGGAGUUGGAGGAGCAGCGCGCGGUGGUGGAGAGGAAGUGGCGCGAGAGCCAGCUGGAGAUGAGGCGAGCGGCGCGCAUGGCGGCGGCGCUCAAGGCCACCGUUGACUCCAUCGACUGCGUUGACUCGCCCGCCCGAGUCACCGCGUCUGCCGCUCUCCCUGCAGCGCUCACGGCGCCCCACCACGGCUCGCUGGCAGCCCUGCCUGCUCCCACUCCCGCUGCCGGCGCCCCUGCCGCCCUGGCCCUGGCUGCUGGCGCCGAUGGGAGCAGCACGGGAGGCCAUGGCGCCAGCGGCGCUGGCAUGGGAGGGGCGGGCGCGCGUGCGGCGGGCGCGAGUGCGGCGGGCAUGGGGUGCAGCAGGCGCGCGCUGGCGGAGGCGAGGCGGCUGAGGGAGCGCCUGGAGGGGCUGGUGCGCCGCAUGGACGCGCAGGGCACGGCGGUGGGAGGCGGAAGCAGCGGCGCGGGCAGCGAGGGCGCGGAGUCGGAGGCGGAGUCGAGCUGCCCGUCGUCCGCCGGGCUGUCGUGGGGCGGAAGCAGCACCACCGCCUCGCAUGGCGGCAGCAGCUCUGGCGGCAGUGGCGGCAGCAGCGAUGCUUCAUGGCUGCUCAAGCGCAAGAUACUGCGCGAUGCGGGCGAGAUGGCGCAACUUGAGCGCACCAUGGCUCGCAUCGCUGCUGACGUGGCAACGACCAAGGACGUGUCAGCGCGCAUGGAAGGCCAUAGCGACGCGGGAGGGGGAGAGGACGACGAGGGGGGGACGGGCGGUGCGCAGAGGAAGCGGGAGCGGGGCGAAGGGGGCCGUGGCAGCAGGGGCGGCAGGGCGCCCUGUGAUGGCGGCAGCGCGGACGACGGCACUGUGGCGGUGCUGCAGGCCUUGGCGGCGCGGAUGGAGGGGGAGGUGGAGCGGGUGCGCGAGGAGCAGGAGGCGUGGCGGGAGCGCGCGGCGGUGGCGGAGGCGGAGGCGCGGAGCCUGCGGCGCCAGGUGCAGCAGCGCGACCACGCGGGCCACGCCAUGUCAGCGUCGCUGCGCGCUGAGCUGGACAUGCUGCGCGCCAGCAGGGAGCGCACGAGGCGGCGCCAGCUGGCGGAGAGGGGGGCGUGGCGGCGGGCGGCGUACCAGCUGCGCGCGGCGAUAGGGGGCGAGCAGCUGGCGCAGAUCCGCGAGGUGGGGGAGGAGGGCGGGGGGGGCGGUGGCAGCGGCAGUGUGCGCGCUUUGAACGGUGGCCUGCAGUGGGCCGGGGAAGGGGAAGGGAUUGGGGGAAUUGGCGCGGGGACGAGGGAAGGCGGGGAGGGGGAGCGGGAGAUGGAAGCGCUGACUCGCGCUCUGGCGCUGGUGGUGGCCACUGGGGCAGGCGAGGGGAGCGAGGGGGAGGAGGGGGGAAGCAGAGGGGGCGAGGGGCAACUGGUGGCAGUGAGGCGGAUGGCGGAUGAGAGGGGGGAGGAGAGGGGGGAGGAGAGGGGGGAGGAGAGGGGGCUGGAGUCUGCAGCAUGGCGGAGAGAGGAUGCAGGGGGGGCAGGCGAAGAGGGAGCAGCAGGAGGAGAGGGGGGUGGAGGCGGAUGGAUGAAGCUAGAGGGGGACGAAGGGGGGCAGGGGGAGGGGGAGAAGCAGCAACAGCAGGCAAAGGCGGGGAGGGGCGGGCUGGGGGUGAAAGGGAGGGCGGAGGAUAGCGAGGCGGCGAGCAGCACGUGCAGUCAGCCCCUUCCACCGCCGCCUUCCUCCGUCUCAACGCCCUCCUCGCCACCUCCGCUCGCAGCAGCAGCGCCAGCAGUGGCAGCCGCAGCCGCAGCAGCAGCAGCCCCGGCGGUCCCUCAGCUGCCGGCAAGGCGGGUGGCAGCGCCAGCAGCGCACGGCAGGAAGGCUGGGGGCGGCAUGGGCAAGGACUGCGCGCAGGGGGGCAUGCAGGGCGCGGGGAGGCGGGUGGGCGCGCGCAAGGGGGAGGUGCGGAGCAGCAUCAGUGCUGGGGGGGCGAUCCUGAGGCGGAAUGGAUGGGAGGGGGAGAGGGGGGAGGCGGAGGGAGGGGAGGAGGGAAGGAAAGAGGAUGGAGAAGAGAGGAGGAGAGGGAAGGUGAGGAGGGUGGGGAGUGAAGGGGAGGAGUUGAGGAAUGCGGGUGGGCGAGUGAGACGGGAUGGAGUGCCGGGGGGUGGUGGAGGGAAGAGGAGAGAGGGAGAAGUGAGGCGAAGCGGUGGGGGAGGGGAGGAGGGCCGUGGUGAUGGCACCGGUGCUGCCUCUGCGUGUGCUGGCUCCCCUGCUGGGGUGCAUUUGCAGGGAAGCGAGGGGAAGGCGCGCUUGGGGAGAUGUGAGGAGGGCGGCGAGGCGAAGCGUGAGAGGCGGGGGGUGGCAGCAGGCGAGCAGGGCGGCGAGGUGGUGGGCGGGGUGCGGGUGGGCGAGGUGGUGUGGGAGGUGGCCCGGGUGAUUGAGAGGGGGUGCGGUGAGAAGGGUGCAGAGGGGUCAACCAGGGUGGGCGAGGAGGGUGGCAGGGAGAGUGGCGAGGAGGUGGCAGUGGUGGGUGAGAGGGGGAGCGGGCAACAUGUGGAGAGGGAGGGGAAGGUGCGAGAGAGGCAGCAAGGCGAGGGGCAGAGCGGGCGGCAGCAGGAGGAGCAGAUGCAAGUGAGGGAGUCGUUGAGCGAGGGGGUGGCAGUGGUAUUGCCAUUCGCGGCGGAGCAGCCCUUCAGGGCGGAGCGGGCAUCAGCGGGGGGCGAGUGGAUGCGGCGCAGUGUUGACAGCGUUGUGUGCUGCACCAGCCACGAGUGGCCCUCAUCGGCAUCCCCCGCACCACAUCAACCGCACUCCACCCCUGCCAGCCCCCGCCUGAGCCCUGCACGCUCCCCCCCCAACACCUCCCCUUCCGACGCCUCCCCCUUCUCCUUCCCCUGCAUUGCCGACUCCCCCUCCUCCACGGCCCCCCCCUCCCCCUGCCUCUCCCCCCACCCCCUCCUCGUGCCCCGCGCCCACACCCACGCCAUGGGGCAGCCCGCCCCGUCCGCCUUCCAGCCCCUUCACGCGCCCAGCUACCAGCCCAGCGACCAGCCCAGGUACGGGCCCAGUGGUGCAGGGGAGCACCGCAGGCAGCACGGGGAGCGGAUGCAGCAGAGGGAGAGCGGCAGGGAGCAGGCGCCGCACUUCCACCAGCAGCAGCACAGAGCGGGCAGCGAGCAGCAGGCGUCAGACGCUGCCAGCGGGUGCCCUGCCCCCGCCCACCGCUGCUCUGAGCUCCACCGCCCCUCACCUCCGCCCCCCCAGCUGUGCACGCCAUAUGACGACAGGGCGCCCGGCUCCUUCUGGUCCCUGGCUGCUGGCGGUGCAGUGCAGUGCGGUGGAAAGGAUUGCAGCGAGGUGGAGAGCAGCGGCAGCAGUAGCACUGUGCAGGGGGGAGGAGGGAGAGUGGGCGGUGGCGGAUGGGGCAGUGAGGGUGCUGGGGGAGGGCAGGGGGGAGGGUAUGGGGGAGGGCAGGGGGGAGGGCGUGUGGGGGGGGGUUGGGAAGCGGACGGGGGAAGGCAGCAGCAGCAGCAGCAGCAGCAGCAGCAGCGGAGGGGGUUGAUGGGCAUGCUGUGGCGCAGUGGCAGUGGCAGCAGGGGCAGGGCCAAGGUGGGUAUGGGCACGGCAGGGAAGGGUACGGGCACGGGCACGGGCACGGGCACGGGCAUGGGUGCGCCGAGGGGCAUUCCUCGCUCGCUCAGUGACUCGAGGCGAAGCACCAGAGUGGCGCCCUUUGUUACCGGCAGUGGCAGUGGCGGUGCUGGCAGCAGCAUUGGCGGCGGAGGAGGGAGCUUGUGGGUGCACGGGCAGCAGGGGGGCAGGGAGGAGCGGGCAGAGGAGAGGAGCGAGGGGUGGGGAUCGAGGGCAGAGGGGUGGGGGAAUGAGCAGCAGCAGGGCGAGUCGGGGAGCGGGGGCAGCAAGAGGGGGCUGGGGUUGGGCACGCUCAGACGGCUCAUGUCUAGAGGGUAGCGGGCGGGGAAGAUGGUAGAGGGGCGUGAGGAGGGUCAAUCUGUGUCAUCGCAUGCUGCCAUUCACGGGGAAUGACGGGUGAAUGCCGCUGUGCUGUGCAAGACAGUAGAGGGAAAGGCAACAAGGCAUGUUGCCACGGUGUCUGGCUCCUAGUGUUAUCAAUGCAUUAUGCUUUCCUGUUCGUGCCGGGAUGUUGCCCAAGUGAUUGCAAUCUGUUGCAUUGCAAAAUAC